CUUCAUUUCGUUACUUAAGCCAAUUCUUUUGUUUUUUUGCAAUUGAUUUCGAUAUAUAACUGUAAUAAAUUGAUUGUGGUUGUGUUAAUGUUGUUAAUGGUGGUUUGGUAAAUGACAUUUGCAACGAACGCACAAAGCAAAAAGAUUUGCAGAUGGAAUCAUGCACACCUUCUGAUGUUUCUUACUCAAUUUAGUGAUUAUAAAUUUUUUUAAAAUCUUAGUGGAGCCGAGCUCCAGCUUGAGCUUCAAAUCAAGGCUCCAGUCGAAUUCGUUUUGGAAUAAAAUAAGAAUAAAGACGAAGAGAUUAGAGAACAAUGAUUGCUAGGAAGUUUACAUCUGCUACCUCUCAAUCAUUGCGUGUUUGUGUUGUUGGCAGUGGUCCUGCUGGUUUUUACACAGCCGAAAAGAUGCUGAAAGCACAUGAAGGAGCAGAAGUUGACAUCAUUGAUAGAUUGCCAACACCAUUUGGAUUAGUUCGAUCAGGGGUAGCACCUGAUCACCCUGAAACAAAGAUUGUCAUCAACCAAUUUUCACGAGUUGCACAUAAUGAAAGAUGCUCAUUUUUUGGAAACGUGUCUCUUGGAUCCUCCAUUUCUCUAUCUGAGCUACGCCAAAUUUAUCAUGUGGUUGUGCUUGCUUAUGGUGCUGAAAGUGACAGAGUUCUUGGCAUUAAAGGAGAGGAAUUGAAAGGUGUACACUCUGCUAGAGAAUUUGUUUGGUGGUAUAAUGGGCACCCUGAUUUCAGUAAUAUGACACUUGACUUGAAGAACACAGACACAGCCAUUGUUCUGGGACAGGGUAAUGUGGCUCUUGAUGUUGCAAGGAUUCUUUUAAGGUCACCUACAGAGUUGGCUACAACUGAUAUUGCUAGCCAUGCUUUGGAUGCUCUUAGGGAGAGUUCCAUAAGGAAAGUUUAUCUUGUUGGCAGACGUGGGCCCGUACAAGCAGCUUGUACUGCAAAAGAGCUACGAGAAAUUCUUGCCAUCAAAGAUCUGAACAUUAACAUCAAGGAAGCUGAUCUUGUAAAAACCUCUGCAGAUGAGGAAGAAAUGAAGAACAACCGUAUACGGAAGAGAGUCUUUGAGUUGUUAUCCAAGGCAUCAUCCACAUCUGGUCAAACUUCAGGUCAACGGGAAUUGGAUUUCACUUUCUUCCGGAAACCUGAUAAAUUUCUUGAAUCAGAUCACAGAAAUGGCUAUGUUGGUGGUGUACACUUUGAGAAGACAACAUUAAAAGGAAAUGGCGACUCUGGAUAUCAGAUUGCAACAGGGACAGGGGAGUAUGAGGAUAUAAAAUGCGGAUUGGUACUUAAGAGCAUAGGCUACAAAUCCAUACCCGUUGAUGGUUUACCUUUUGACCAUUCCAAAGGUGUGGUUCCAAAUAUUAAAGGGCGAGUUAUAUCUAGUUAUGAUGCUUCUGAAGCUGAAGAUGGAUUGUAUGUAUGUGGGUGGUUAAAAAGAGGUCCAACGGGAAUAAUUGCUACAAAUCUUUAUGAUGCAGAAGAAACUGUGGCAAGCAUCUAUGAAGACGUAUCUAAAAUAGAGCUAACAUCAAGAAAGCCAGGAAGAGAGGGGCUUCUUGAAUUACUUGAAAGUAAGAAGAUUAAAUUUUUUACAUUUGAUGAUUGGAAAAAGAUAGAUUUUGAAGAGAAGAGGGUUGGGAGUUUAAAAGGGAAACCAAGAGAAAAGUUAACCACAUGGAAAGAUUUACUACAAGUAAAGUAACGACAAAAUGAAAAGCAAAAAACAAAAACAAAAAAAGGUUUUUUAUUUUUAUUUUUAUUUUAUGGGUAUUUUGUCAAAUUCAUUGUUUCAUAAAGGAAAUGGCAUGUGGGCUUCUUUAUGAGUUUGUUAUAUGACCCUUACAUAAAGUAGGUGAUUGUUGUGUUCCUCAACAUUAAGGUAUACUAAUUUCUAUUAGUGGGGAUUAUUAUGUGUUUAAGUUGUUUUGACAUAUAAUAAUUGUAAGAACCUUAUAUCAUUUUUUUACACCGGAAUUGUUUAAAAAAUGAUGCUAAUAGUGUUUCAUUUCCAA